GGCUCUCAAUCCACAUCAACUGCGAUGUACAUCUUGUAACAUUGUCAAGACACCAGAGUGGCGAAAAGGACCUCUAGGUCCUCGAACGCUCUGCAACGCGUGUGGGCUGAGUAAGCAUUCAUCGCACUUCGGGAUUACGAGAGAUGAGCAUGGGUAUUGUGCACCGUACUCACCAAGAGGUCUGCUGGCUUUUUUCGUAUGGUAAACAAUAGUCUGGGGCAAAAUGUCGCGGAACAAAGCUGCACUGGUGGCAAAGAACAAAUUAGAAUUGUCUUUGAAAGCAGAGCCACCUGCCAAUACAGAGGAUACACAGAUGACCGAUGCCACUUCAGAGGAUCGCGCAGGCACAGGGUUUGAGACAAUAACAGUUUCGCAAGCAUUGGAUCUGCCCAAUGGACCCCGCAAGAGAGGACGCGACAAUUCCUCGAUCCUGAACUCUGAAGAUGCCGAGGCAGCAGCCAGGGAUGAGGACAAGCAGACAAUUGAAGAAUCAAGGAGGGAGGUCGAAGCCUUACAUCUUACAGCAGGCGGCCAUCUGGAAGACCAGAAAAUGGGAUUUAACGAUGACUCUGUACCAAAACCAUCAUCGCAGGGGCAUGCCGGAAAGGCUGUAUCAAUAAUGGAGUGCGAAGCCGAGAAGAAUAACUUGCACCAGCUGCAUCUCUCCACGGAUGGACGGCGCACAGUCCAGUCUGCUCGGAACCUGAAUGAACAGGGAACGCCAGUGCCUGAAGGCGUCUCUUGUUUGGCUGCGGAUUCUACGGGAGCAGGCAAUCAAGAAAACCAGGGUGAAGAUGCGUCUACGGAAGGACGCAAGCUUGCCCUUUCGUACUUGCUUGCAUAAUACAGCUCUCUGACCGUUACUGUUACACUAAGAUGUUUUAAUUAUCUAGGAGGCCACUUUAACCCAUACCAACUCCCAGAGAUCCGAUGAACGAUAUCCAGUUCUGCUGUCUUUUAAUACUUUAUACUUUACCUUUGUUUUUGUCUUUGUCUUUGUCUUUGUC